GUUGGGCAGGCCGCGAAGCAUCGCAAGCCAUGGCGCUGCGAACCCUGGCGGCGAGGGUGCGGACUUCCGCCGCUGCGCUCUGCCUCCAGACGCCGGCCCUCGGCCUCUCCCCUCCACCCGCCGGCCGCCCCAACCUCCACUCCGCCGCCGCCACCCGCCGCCUGCCCCAUCCGGUCGGCGGCCGUCCCUGCCUCAUCUCCAGCAGGAAUCUGGGGGGUUCUCCAGCUGAAGACGCAGCUCGGAAGAUGGUGCUUGAGUAUGCUGCCAUACUUGAACGCCUGGAGAAGAGUCACGAAAGGUUCAAGGCGCACGUUGGAUUAAUGGAGAAGUUUGGCAAGGUUCUGAAGUGGUCGUUGGCUUGCAUUAUCCCUGUGCCUUUGGUUUACACCAUUGCGGAGUAUUAUUAGGAUGAAGAGGAACUGGCCCUUGUGAUUUGAACUGGGUUAUUUAAUAUGUAUGGUCUUUA